AUGGCGGAGCGCGGGUCGCUGGAGGAGGCGGUGCGGCAGCAGGGGGAGCGGGUGCGGGGCCUCAAGGCGAACAAGGCGGACGCGCCACAGAUCGAGGAACAAGUGGCAAAGCUCCUGGAGCUGAAGGCUAAGCUGGGCCCCGAUGAAGGGAAGCAGAAGUUUGUUCUCAAAACCCCCAAGGGUACAAGAGACUACAGCCCCCGGCAGAUGGCUGUCCGGGAGAAGGUCUUCGACGCCAUCAUCAGCUGCUUCAAGCGUCACGGUGCCGAAGUGAUCGACACCCCUGUGUUCGAGCUGAAGGAAACUCUGACGGGAAAGUACGGCGAGGACUCCAAACUCAUCUACGACCUGAAGGAUCAGGGUGGAGAGCUCCUGGCCCUUCGCUACGACCUGACUGUUCCCUUCGCCCGUUACUUGGCGAUGAACAAAGUAACCAACAUUAAGCGGUACCACAUCGCCAAGGUGUAUCGGCGGGACAACCCAGCCAUGACACGGGGCCGCUACCGCGAGUUCUACCAGUGUGACUUCGACAUCGCCGGCCAGUUUGACCCCAUGAUCCCCGACGCGGAGUGCCUGAAGAUCGUGUGCGAGAUCCUGAGCGGGCUGCAGCUGGGGGACUUCCUCAUCAAGGUGAACGACCGACGCAUCCUGGACGGGAUGUUUGCCGUCUGCGGCGUCCCCGGCAACAAAUUCCGCACCAUCUGCUCCUCGGUGGACAAGCUGGACAAGAUGUCCUGGGAGGACGUGAAGGGUGAGAUGGUGGGAGAGAAGGACCUGGCCCCCGAGGUGGCCGACCGCAUCGGAGAAUACGUCCGGCUGCACGGCGGGGUGUCCUUGGUGGAGCAGCUCCUACAGGAUCCCCAGCUGGCACAGAACAAGCAGGCCCGGGCCGGACUGGAGGACCUCAACCUGCUGUUCGACUAUCUGACCCUGCUGGGUGUGGCUGACAGGGUCUCCUUCGACCUGAGCCUGGCGCGGGGCCUGGAUUACUACACGGGGGUCAUCUACGAGGCCGUACUGGUGCAGCCCCCGGCCGCGCAGGGGGAAGAGCCGCUCGGCGUGGGCAGCGUGGCCGCCGGCGGGCGCUACGACGGGCUCGUGGGCAUGUUCGACCCCAAGGGCCGCAAGGUGCCCUGCGUGGGGCUCAGCAUCGGGGUCGAGCGCAUCUUCACCAUCGUGGAGCAGAGGAUGGAGGCCUCCGAGGAGAAGAUCCGGACGACAGAGACGCAGGUGCUAGUGGCCGCGGCCCAGAAGAAACUCCUGAAGGAGCGACUCAAGCUGAUUUCCGAGCUGUGGGAUGCUGGGAUCAAGGCAGAGCUGCUGUACAAGAAUAACCCCAAGCUGCUGAACCAGCUUCAGUAUUGCGAAGAGACGGGCAUUCCGCUGGUGGCCAUCGUCGGAGAGCAGGAGCUGAAGGACGGCGUGGUCAAACUGCGCACGGUGGCCAGCCGGGAGGAGGUGAACGUUCACAGGGAGAAACUCAUCGAGGAAAUCAGGAGGCGGACGGGACAACCCCCCUGCGUCUGCUGAAUCGGGUUGGGGAACCUGGUGGCAACCACAGCCCCGCAGACGCUGACAGCAAACGAACCAUCCCCGUCUCCCCCAAACGCCUCUGCCACCUGGCCUGUCCCGUUCCCAGAGUGAGGUCAGAUCAGACCCAUAUUUAUUAUCAGCUUCGGUCCGGAGGGGAAUGAGAAACCCCACCUCCCCUCCCAGGUGAGGAGAAACUCUGCUGCUGCUGUUGGGAAGGGGGCCGGGGCCACCAUUAGCGCUUGUCAUCAACCCCCUGGAGCCAAUCUGUAUCCCCGUUAUGUAUGUUUGUGAGUGGGGUGGGGCGAUAAGACCCUGCACCCCUGCCUGACUCACUGAAACCAGUUUCUAAUAGGUCCAAUAAAAAAAAAAAAACCCGUGUCA